CUGCUUUCCCCCGUUUUCUUCAAGAUGAUUAAAGUAUUUCAGGUUAUUUGUGUGAGCAGUUUAUUACAGUGAACUUUAGUUUAAUUUGUGUGAAUAUUGGGGAAAUAAGUAAUAUAUUUAUGUAAUUUUAUACAUCAGUUCCUUUCUCUUGACUGUAUAAUUACUAUCUUUUAAAUUAUUAUUUCCAUCUUAGUAGCUGUAUAUAUUGAAUUCUCUGCAAAGGUGGUAGCACUGCCCAAAUGCUCGGAUGCUCUCAUUAUAGAAAGCUGUUUUCAAGAGCUUGCAGCAUUCCUAAGGUUUCCACUCCCUUCUCUUGUGUUUCAGCUACCAUUUUCCUGGCAGAUAUUUCUGGCUGGCUGGCUGACUUUUCUUUUGGCUGAGCUGGAUUGCUCAGUUUUGAGAAUUAGAACUCUCAGUCUUUGCCAGCAUUAAAAUCUUCUGGUCACCUGGUCUAAAAAGCUUUUUCUGGAACCCAAUUUUAAGAGGAAAAGAUUUGAAAUUUAGCAAGAGCGGAUGCACAUUUUGGAUGUUCAUUUUGCUGUUCCUCUGAAAAAAAUGUGAUAACUUGGCCAAAUAUAUCUACAAAAAUCAAGUUUUGCAUGCUUGUAGAUUUCUGAAGAGUUUAGUGACUGAAGUACCCAAAGAAAUGCACCCCUGUUGCUUCACAGACAACAGCUCGUACUGGGGGAUCUUUGUGGAGUGAUGUUCACAUGAUAGAAGCAGAUGUUCUUCUUCGUGGCGGCAAGGGAGGAAAUGGAGACCCUAUCAUGGCUCAUCCACCCGAAACAGACAGUGACAACACAUUGCAGGAAUGGCUAGAAGAGAUUAUCCACACAAAUAAAGGCAUCAAGCUGGAUUUUAAGAGUCUAGAAGCCGUACGGCCUUCCUUGGAGCUUCUUCAACAUGUGAAGCAGGAUUUGAGGCGACCCGUUUGGAUCAACGCAGACAUCCUACCGGGACCUAAUGGAAGUAAUGCUGUAGUGGAUGCAAAAGGUUUCCUCGACACUGUCACUUCAUUUUUCCCAAAUGUAACCCUAUCGCUGGGAUGGACAACUGGCUGGCAUCCUGACAAACACAAUAAAGGCUAUGAUUGGAUGAUGGUGAAAGAAAUGGCUCAGAUAUGCAGUUCACUUUCCCAGCCUGUAACUUUCCCUGUACGAGCAGCGUUAGUACGACAGUCCACAUCUGAGCUGUGCUGGUUAAUCCAACAGUCGGAUAGAUACAGCCUCACUGUUUGGACGGGAAAGGAAGAUGUGUAUUCUUUGGAAGACUUGCUUUACAUCCGAGAAAACUUUGAUAAAAGUAGGGUUUAUUAUGACAUUUUAGAGCCAAAAAAUUCUGAAUUCAAAAAAGCCAUAGGAAUAGAAUAGUAAAUACGAACAAGUCGAAGCCUGAUCUUACAGUAUUUAGCCUCUUUAAAUGUGAAGAUUUCUUGUUUGGAGAAAUGUAUUUUCCUUACCAAAAGAAAUGUAUAGAGCACACCUGUGGUUAUCGGAGGAGUUUUUGUAUAAGACCUUACUGAAAGGCUUCUCAAAUAGAAAUUUAAUGCCUUCUUAAUUGUUACUUACACAUCAUAUGCAUGCUCCCUCUCAUUCACCCAGUGGCGUGUGCUAAAGGCUACUCACGUUACCUAAAUAUUCUAGUCCUUCUUCCCUGCAAGCAUAGGAAGGGGAGAAUGGCCCCAGCUGAUAGUUGUGGACCGAGGUAGUUUGCUACUAACUGCUUUCCUGGAAGCCGAGGUCUGUGGGACACUCAACCUCAAAUAAAGCCUGUUUUUGCUUUUACAGGGGAGGACAAGAGUCAAGGCUGUAUUAACUACAGAACUAUGCAGCUCCCAAAGGGGUUAUUUUGUAGCUCAUCCUGAUACACUCCAUUUUUAAUGCCAUUGCAGUUGAUAAUGUUCUCACUCCUAGUCAAUAGAAAAUUCUGUUUGCUAGAUGGGAAGAGUGGGAUCGGUGAUGCUACACAUUCCGAGGAGAAAGAAUGAUUUUUACUGAAUUAAAACUAAUCAGGUUCUCUGCCAUGUGGUAAUUGUUCAUUCCACACCAUGGCUUGCCUCCAUGCUUUCUGAGCCAUCAGCAGUGUAGUCCUUGGAGUGUGAGAAGGCUGAGUUGGAGAUGCAGCUGCACUGCAGGAGGUGCUGGGGUAAAUGGAACCCCCAGAAUGAAGAAUGAUCCUGUCCUGUACGUAAAGCACAGAGGUGGAUUACAGUGACGUACACGUCAAAGACAGCAUUAAAAGAGCUACAGUGGUUUAUAAGAGAGAGAAAUGCUGCUGGUUCUUUCAAGAGUUUUAAACUAAAUUUUGAGUAUAACAGGAGUUUUGUAGUCUGUUCUGCUGCAGACUUUCUGAAAGCCAGAGGCUCUAAGAAUGAAAUAGCUGUACAGUGAUUAGUGCUUACAGCAAAAAUUGCGCAUUUAUGUGAUAGUACAGUUAUUUUCUACAUUCUCCUGGACAUCUUUUUAACUCUCAGAAUAUGAUUUCAAAAAUUUUCAGAAGCUGAACUUCCCUUAGCGAAAGAUUAAAAUCAUCGCAGCCCUUGCCACCUGCAGGAAAAGUCCGACCUCUUUCAUUUUAAGCAUUGUUUGGCUCUUUUGCUUCUGUAUCUCUUAAAAUGAAUACAGACAUUGACAUCUGUGCUGACUGAAACACAAGCUGUGUAUUGUGGUCUUUUUCCAAACAUUACCAAGGGGUUUUUUUGCAACGACAAAGGAGAUUUUGAUUUCUAAAUGAAAGCUGAUUCUGUAAAGAGGCAUUACCCUGGCAUCUUCUUGCUCUCCUCUUCCCAUUCCUCUCACAUGCAUGAAUUUUAACUUCGAUGUUCUACACAUCGCUGGACAGGCUGUGGUCCUAAAGAGUUAAUUACAGCAAUUUUUGGUUCUUACAACUUUUUUAUAGUAUUAAUACAACUGUGAUAGAAAAGUUAGUUAUAUUUAUUAAUCCUAAAUCUUGAAAUGUGGUGAUUUCAUGCAGUCAUUAAAAUUUAAGAUUCCUUGUUGUUACCUACAGCUCCUUUGCUUUUGCAUUUUUGUCACCUACUGAGAGGUACUUGGGUAAAAUUAGGAAAUACUUUUCCAAAUGAGGAAGAAAACUACCUAGUUGUACUUGGAAUAGUUAAACAGAGCACUUAAAUUAGUUUUACACAAUCAGGCAACGUGAAUGGCAGUAACCACCAAAAGGUCAAAUCCAGCAGUGUAAUUCCUUUUAAUGAAUUGGGAGAAAUUACUUAAUUUUUAGCUCAUAUUGACAACAUGGUCUGAUCUGAACAGAUUUAACCGCUCCAUUCUUUAUAGCAUCUGUUUCUUUGAGCUUUGCAUGCAUACUUUGCUAUACCGUGGGAGGAAGAGAGAUUAACUGUUUCCUAACCAAUCAUAGCUAUGGAAAAUACUUCAGAUACUUCAAAGACCCUUUUCUAACCCAGAUCAUUUUGACUAACACGGGUUCAGGAGCUACUGUGUGAACAGGCGUGCUAGCAGAUCUGAUCAUGAGGUAUCCUUUUCUGGAUGACAACCCUUUCAUCUAACUCCCCUUCAGGGAGAACAGGAUACAUGAAUGACCAAAGUUACAGGCGUUGCUUUGAAUCUGUGGUACAUACAGGAAACUAGUAGGAAAUAGUAUAGUUCAGAGGUUUUUAUUUUCUGGGAUAUACUGUUGAACAAGAAGCACUCGGGACAUCGGCUGGCUUUUGGAAUCAAAUGCUGCGUUACUCAAAAUGAGUCGGGCAGGUGUCUGAAUAACAGAAUUUGCUUUUGAGGGACAUAAAGGAAAUAGCUUGAGGACACAUUGCUGUAGCCACGUUCAUUUAUUGAAUGAAAGGUGCAAUUAAAGAGCAUUGAGGUUUUUGUAUUAUUCUUACUGAACACUUUACUAGUUCUAGGCUUAGUCUGGGUUUCUUUUCAAGAUACUGCUGGUCACUCAGAUGCAGUGAUACUCUAUAGCCAUACGUUUAUUUCUAAUAGAUUUGAAGUCCAGAGUGUGUUGUUGUCCUUUUGUUCCACAAUUUAUAUAAACGUUUAGGACUGGAAUGGACUCCUAGGUCUUGUUUUAGCUCCUUGUUGCAGGCAGUUACAUCUUUCAGUUGGUUAGGCCUUUUUGCAUCUUCACGGGCAGACUUUUCUGUUACUUAGAAGCCUUUUUUUCCCCACUUAUCAAAAACCAUCUGAAGUAUUAGUAUUUGUUAAAACUGGUUAAACUAUUAAGUAAAAUACAUUACCAGCAACUGCCAGAAGUAUUUUUAAGGGUGUAGACAUCAUGGCAGAAGUAUCACUGAGCAAAAUAUAUGGAUAUUACACAUGUAUUAACAGGGAUAUUCAGAUGAAAUUAAAAGAAGAUGUGAUCUGGAUUACCAGAAAAAUUAAUUAACAAGACCUGUAAAACUAGAUGAAACAAAAUGCUAGAAAUUAAUUCCAUGAAGCAUUCUUGCAGUAACAGAAGGGUUUGACUGUAUGGUGAAUUUGUUUAUUCUGUAUGGAUUGUCCUGUAUAUCUGAAUUUCUGUAUGCUUUUUUUUCUUUUUUUCCUUUUUUUAACCUUCUGUCAGUGAUCUAUUCCUUGUACUUAAUACUUUGUUGAGGAGCUGUAAAUUCUGCCAGCUCUUUGUGGAAUCAUUCUCUGUGGGUGUUGCUUCAUGUCUGUUGAUAUCUUUCAGCCAGGUUUUUAGUCUUAAUUUUCCUUGUUACAUCAAAAAUCUGCUUGACUUCAAUGGAAUUAGGUAUUGUUCAGGGUGUCUCGGUGAGUUAAUUGAUUAAUAAAA